UCCAAAGUCUACGAUUUCAGCACAGUCAAGGACAUGAGCGAGAAGCCAUCGGCAGACCGCAUACUUAUUGACGUUCGCGAGCCCGCUGAAUACGAAGCCGGCUACAUUCCCACUGCCAUCAACCUUCCCAUCAAGUCGCAGCCCGAUGCGCUGUUCCUGCCCGAAGAAGAGUUCGAAGAUCGAUUCGGCUUUGAGAAGCCAGCCACCGACAAAGAAGUUAUAUUUUAUUGCAAGUCUGGCGUACGGAGUAGUGCAGCUGCCCAAUUGGCACAGCAGCACGGAUACACGAACGUGGCGGAGUAUCGAGGCAGUUGGCUAGACUGGACGAAGAACGGCGGAACUGCUAGUAAG